AUGACAUCUUCAGGGGUCAUCACUAUCUCUUACCCAACUCUGGUCUCCUCCCCGCUGUCCCUUGAACGCGAAAUCGAGCAAGCCUUUGGAUCCCACCCUCAAGCUCUUGGUAUAAUCCUGGUCAAAGACUUACCUGCUGCCUAUAACUCGCAAAGGGAGAACCUCCUUCGAUUGGCUCAUACAUUUGCCAAUCUCGAUGAAGGUAUCAGAGAGAAAUACACAGACCCAAGGACUUCUUACAGUUUCGGAUGGUCUCAUGGCAAAGAAAUUAUGAAUGGCAAGCCAGAUACGCUCAAGGGCUCCUACUAUGCCAACCCUGUAGUAGACACACCAGAUGUCGCUUCUCAGCUGAAGGAGGAGUAUCGCGAAUAUUACGGAAACAAUAUAUGGCCGAGUGCGGAUGAGCCAUCGAUUGGCGGGUUUGAAGCUGCUUUCAAAGAUCUUGGUCGCUUUGUGUUUAAGGUGGGCUGCGAGAUCGCCGCAGCCUGUCAACCAUUUGUGGCCAAAAACCUGUCCGACAAGUCCAUUUCCCUGCCUCAGCUCAUAAGCACCUCUCAAACUACCAAGGCUCGCUUACUUCAUUACUUCCCCCCAACCUCCGACGUUCGCGACGAUGGACCAGUGGAUAGUUGGUGCGGCUUCCAUCUAGACCACUCCCUGUUGACCGGCUUGUGCUCAGCUAUGUUCCUGAAGCAGGGAAAUGUCUCAAAUGCGCCUAUUGCUAUCUCAUCACCUUCCCCAGAGUCCGGCCUCUACAUCAAAACUCGGGGAGGUGAGUUGACAAAGGUGUCUAUCCCGCCAGAUUGCCUAGCAUUCCAGACCGGAGAGGCGCUCGAGCUGGUGACUGAUGGCAGACUGCGAGCGACGCCUCACUGCGUUCGCGUUGGCUCUGGCAAAGACAUGCAGAGUAUCUCCCGCGAGACAUUUGCAUUGUUCAUGCAGCCCAACACAGAUCAACGCAUCUCCUCCACAGAGACCUUUGGUCAGUUUAGUAAACGGAUUUUAGCUGAACACUACGACAAGCCGUCGGCUAUGUAG